CUCUCGGUUCUCUCUCGUGUCUCAUCGGUAUUCCUGGGCAAUCCGCGGCGCGCACCCCCAGCCUAUCAGCAGCAGCUGCACGCGCAUCUCAGGAAAGAGGACAGGAUAUCUGCAGAGCCCGAGCUUCCUAGCGAACCUGGAACGACGACAUGAGCUCGUAUCUUGUGUGAUGGAGAUUAUAUUUUGGUAGGAACCGCUACCGUAGGCUGCUGUGGCGUCGUUAUGAGGAGCCAGAAAACGACCAUGAAGCUGCUGCUUGUGGUGAUACUUAUAUGGCGCGAGGCGUUGUGCGGAUCUCCGAGCGUCCAGAUCGGUGGUUUAUUCCCUCGGGGUGCAGAUCAGGAGUAUAGUGCAUUCAGAGUUGGUAUGGUUCAGUUUGGGAUGGCAGAUUUCAGACUAACUCCACACAUAGAUAACCUGGAGGUGGCGAACAGCUUUGCUGUCACUAACUGCUUUUGUUCCCAGUUCUCUCGGGGCGUCUAUGCCAUUUUUGGCUUCUACGACAAGAAGUCUGUAAACACCAUCACGUCCUUCUGUGAGACACUUCAUGUGUCCUUCAUCACACCGUCUUUCCCUGCAGAAGGAAUGAAUCAGUUUGUUCUUCAGAUGAGACCAGACAUCAAGGGGCCACUAGUUUCAUUAGUGGAGUACUACAAAUGGGAAAAAUUUGCCUAUCUAUACGACAGUGAUCGAGGUCUUUCUACUCUUCAGGUUAUACUGGACACUGCAGCAGAGAAAAAAUGGAUUGUCACAGCGAUAAAUGUAGGAAACCUGAAAGAUGAGAGGAAGGACGAAGCCUACCGCUCCCUAUUUCAGGACCUGGAGAUCCGCAAGGAGCGACGCAUCAUCCUGGACUGUGAACAAGACAAAGUGAAAGACAUAAUGGAACAGGUGAUCACUAUAGGCAGACAUGUGAAGGGAUACCACUAUAUCAUCGCUAACUUGGGAUUUGUAGAUGGCGACCUCUCUAAAAUCCAGUAUGGAGGUGCAAAUGUGUCUGGCUUUCAGAUAGUAGAUUUUGAUGAUCCUGUGGUGGCAAAGUUUGACCAACGAUGGGAGGCCCUGGAAGAGAAGGAGUAUCCUGGAGCUGAUACACGGAUCAGAUAUACCUCAGCCCUCACCUAUGAUGCUGUCCACGUGAUGACAGAGGCAUUCCGCUUCCUUCACAAGCAGAGAAUAGACAUGAGUCGUCGUGGCAACAGUGGGGACUGUCUAGCCAAUCCGGCAGUGCCUUGGGCACAGGGGGUGGAGAUUGAACGUGCCCUCAAACAGGUGCGUGUGGAUGGCUUGACAGGUAACAUUCAGUUUGAUCAGUACGGGAAGAGAAUUAACUACUCAGUGACAGUUAUGGAGCUGAAGAACAAUGGACCUGUUAAGAUUGGCUAUUGGAAUGAAGUGGAUAAAAUGGUGGUGACAAAAUCGGACCUUUACCCAAACGACACCAUGGGAAUGGAAAACAAGACAGUAAUUGUUACAACAAUACUGGAAGCUCCUUACGUGAUGCUUAAGAAGAAUGCCGAGUUAUUUCAAGAUAACGAUCGUUACGAAGGUUACUGCGUUGACCUGGCUGCGGAGAUUGCAAAGCACUGUGGGAUACGCUACCAGCUAAGAAUUGUGGGAGAUGGCAAAUAUGGAGCAAGAGAUGCAGAAACCAAGAUCUGGAAUGGUAUGGUUGGAGAGCUGGUGUAUGGGAAAGCAGAUAUAGCAGUUGCUCCCCUGACAAUCACUCUUGUUCGUGAAGAGGUGAUAGAUUUCUCCAAACCCUUCAUGUCUUUGGGAAUCUCCAUCAUGAUCAAAAAGCCACAGAAGUCCAAACCAGGAGUCUUCUCCUUUCUGGACCCACUAGCCUAUGAAAUCUGGAUGUGCAUUGUCUUUGCCUACAUAGGAGUUAGUGUUGUGCUCUUUCUGGUAUCCAGAUUCAGCCCCUAUGAGUGGACGCUAGAGGAGCCAGAGGAUGGAGCUUUGCCUCUAACAACUGAAUCCACCAAUGAGUUUGGAAUCUUUAACUCCCUUUGGUUCUCUUUGGGUGCUUUCAUGCGGCAGGGUUGCGACAUCUCACCAAGGUCUCUGUCAGGUCGUAUAGUGGGGGGUGUGUGGUGGUUUUUCACUCUGAUCAUCAUCUCGUCAUACACUGCCAACCUAGCUGCCUUCCUGACAGUGGAGAGGAUGGUUUCUCCCAUUGAGAGUGCCGAAGAUCUGGCUAAACAGACAGAAAUAGCAUAUGGAACCCUGGACUCUGGAUCCACCAAGGAGUUCUUCAGGCGCUCUAAAAUCGCCUUGUUUGACAAGAUGUGGCAGUACAUGAAAUCAGCAGAACCUUCCGUCUUUGUCAAGAAAACAUCAGAGGGGGUCCUGCGUGUCAGGAAGUCCAAAGGGAAGUAUGCCUACCUGCUGGAGUCCACCAUGAACGAGUACAUUGAGCAGAGGAAACCUUGCGACACCAUGAAAGUGGGAGGAAACCUGGACUCCAAAGGCUAUGGCAUCGCAACACCCAAAGGAUCCCCAUUAAGAGUGCCAGUAAACCUUGCCGUAUUGAAACUGAAUGAGCAAGGGACCCUAGACAAGAUGAAAAACAAGUGGUGGUACGAUAAAGGAGAGUGUGGCUUCAAGGAUUCCACUAAUAAGGAGAAAACCAGCGCUCUGUCUCUUAGUAACGUAGCAGGAGUCUUCUACAUCCUAGUUGGAGGCCUGGGUCUGGCCAUGAUGGUAGCGCUGGUAGAAUUCUGCUACAAGAGCCGUGCUGAGGCCAAAAAAAUGAAGAUGAAGUUCACAGAUGCAAUGCGCUCCAAAGCUCGUCUAUCCAUCACAGGAUCAACCAGUGAGAAUGGCCGUGUCCCGGUGGCUUACCUCCGUCCAGGAUUACCCAUGAGCCUCGGCAUGACUGAUCUUUCCUGACCACGCCCGAGCCAGUGCCUUAUAGCAAAUGGAGACACAUCCUCCCUUCCCCACUGAAAGUGAAUGGAAAUGUUUGUCAUCUUGUUUGGUGGCCACUCACCGUGGGUGAUCUUCCCCGAUUUUCAAUCUGGAGCUUAGUCAAUCAUAUCUCUUUGAGGACUCUUUCUUUUUAACAUCGUACCUAGAUAGACUGGAUAGAUGUUGUCCUCUUACCACUUGGCUGCCAGGCUUCAGCAAAGAUCUGCCCACCUACAAAGUGAAUCACUUGACACUCAGUGAGAAAGAUGGCUGGUGAUUUACAAAUUCAUAAAAAACAAUCAAGCACAGUUGACAGUUUUCUAAACAAACACAUCAUUGUUUCUUAGAUUUUUGCCAUGGAGGCUCUUCUUGUAUAGAAAAUAAGGACAAUAGUGAUGCUGACCUAAUGCAAUAACAUUAAUCAGGGAUGUGAUUAGGAAUUGUGUAACUACUGUAAGCAGUCUUUGUUAAAGUGAGUGCAAGAGCUAUGAACAAAAACAGUCGUCCUGAAAAAUCACAUCCAUGAAAUAAUAAAACAAUAGUAAUUGUGUGAUAGAAUAUAAUGAUAAUGAUGUUAUUGUUCCUAAUUGAUUUCCUUAUUUCUGCCUGAAAAUCCCUGAUUAGAAGAGUCUUUUACCAGACCCAAGAGAUGCAUGGACUGGCACACGCACACAAACACACACACACACACACACACACACACACACACACACACACACACACACACACACACACACACACACACACACACACACACACAACAGACAGACAGACAGACAAACACUUGUACAAAAGAACAUAAACAAAACCACUAGUACUGUAUUAGGUAACAUGCACUUCACAGGGAUGGGCAAAAACUAAAUAUUUACACUUUUAUUACUUUAUUUUGAAUCCAUUUGAACACAUCAGACUUUGGUCAACAUUUCUGACACCUAGUGGUAGCAUCAAAAAAACAAAUGCAACCUAAGGACACUGACUAGUUUGAGAGCAACACAUAGAUUGUACCAGUGUCUCCUAGAAAUUACGUUUAUAUAUUACUAAAUUGAAUUCAUCUUUACAUUAUGAUGGCAAUGAAAUCGCUGCCUGUGCUUAGGCAACAAAGGCACUUUUUAAGGUUAGGGAAAGACUGUGAUAUCAAUUAAAUGUUAUUAAAAAAUCUUAUGUCUCAAAUCAGUGCUGCUUUUUCUGUAUUAAAACACGCCAGUCUUUACCUAAAUAUAACCAUUAAAAAGCUGAAUAAUGCUGUAGUCACUAGAAAUAAAUAGUUAAGUUCAGUAUUAGCAUUUUUGUGAAUUGCCAGGUAUGUUAACUAACAAAUUUUCCUCGUUAUGGUAACCGAAAAUUACAUUUGGUCGACAAUGCAUUUCCCUCAAAACGUAUUUGCUGUUGCAAAUUAGUUGUAUAUAAAUGUAAAUUUGAGGAGACUAGUUUUUCAACUAAAAACAAUAAAAAAAACAAUAGUUUGAAAUGCAUAACAUUAAAAAAUCCUACAUCUAGUGGCUUUUAUGAAAUUUACUACACCACUCACAGAUUAAAUGCCCAAACUAAAUCCAGAACACAUUAACUGUAUUCAGACACAAAUAUGCUACUGUACUUAAUCUACUGUAUUUAAUUUGAUUAGUUAGCAUUUGGUUCUUGGUAGCACUACUGUGCUUACAAGUUGUACAGUAUCAUAUUAAUAGGUUUUAUAGUGUCUUAACUUAAGUAUUAUUGUAAAUGACUUUUACUUACUAGUUUACAUUUUGCUCUUAUUACAGGCAGUAUCUUAACAUUCAAACUUAUUGUUUUGUCUGUGAAGCACACAACUUUGACCAUAUGAUAGUCAGUAGGGUAUAGCAAAAGUUUAUUAUAGCAAUUAUAGAUAAUGUGAAGUCAAUAAACAACUGUCUUAUUAUUCAGUGGUAACAACAGCAUUACAGUUAAUGCAUUCAUUUCGGAAGAUAUUACCUAGAGUAUUGUCAGACACAGAAGAAAAACACUGGACCCAUAUAUUACCCAGGUAGUGGUUGCGGGUGAGAAACCACCUAGGUAUUCAAUCAUGGUAACCGCACAGAAGUGAAGUGAAAACAUCACAACAGACUUCAGUUAGUUUCUGUUCAGUUCCUAUAUUGUAUAUUCAACCACAAUAUUAUAGUUUACUCAGAAGUGUACUGGUAGUACUCACAGCCCAUUGCACGCAGUUAGUUAGUGCAGUAAGUUAAAUGAAUAAACUUGAAACAUGACGUAAAAAUUCAUGGCAAAUGUAAGGGCGACGGGACAGAUAUUGUAUCGACAAAUACACACAAUAUGGCUGUUUAAAGUCUGUUGUCUGAAAGUUUAUACUGUGCCUGUAUUAGCUAAUCAGUACUUUUGGUUUGCAGUUUAUGUAUUCCAUUGACAUGACUUGUUAAAUAUGCUCCUCACUAAUCUUUUAGGAACAUGACCUAAAUGUGUUUGACUUGCACUGCUCUACCUAAAUAGAUACUGAUGUUGAAUGCACUUAUGCAAGAAAUUUAAUAUAUGUAGGUUGUCAAGCUGAAGUUAAUUUACAGCCCCUGUGCCUGGUUAGGCUUUUACGUGAGCUGAAAGAGUAAAGGAGCCGGGGGAAAGGUAUUUCGUGAGUUUAAAAAUAUACAAGACAGGAGAAAAUUUGUCUGAUUUCGUGCUGCACUUUCACAAAGUUGGGAAACUCAUGUACCCUGCUUGAGUUUUAGUCCCCAAUAUGGGUCAAGUUCCAAAAACACAGAAUCCUACAGUUCCCGUAGUUUAAUUAGUAUGGUUUCCAUUGACCCUUCCUGGCUGGAAAAAAUGCCUGCAUCUAUCAAACUCUAUAUAUGCCCCUAGUUUGAAACAGAUUUUGUGUUAUAAAUGUGUAGCCUCAUCAAAAAACAUAAUCUAAUACUUUUCAACAGUGGUUGGGAUAUCUCAGUUUGAAAAGCUUUAGAAUAACCUGGAUUUUUUCAAACCAAUACGACUGUUACUGUUGAUCUCUGGAACCUGGUGGACUGUCCUCUCUCUCUCUUUCUCCCUGCCAUUUUUAUCCACAUUGUCAGGGUUAUUAUCUCAGACUUAACAAUGCUACUCCAGUGCCACAGAAUAACAUUAUACAACGCUGAGGAGGACUUAAUUAGUUGUAGAGUGCCCUAUUUUCAUAAAAAUAUAGUAGUUCAAAUAUAUAUGAGAAAUAAGGCCCAUUCCUCUCAUAGGUCAGCAGAUCAUUACAGCAACAUAGACACUAAUCACCUGUACAGUACAUCAGUACACAUUAUGACAUACUUUAUAACAUGCAGAACACACUUCUACCCUAACAUUUGCACGCGCACAUGCAGGUUUUAUCACCAGAGUCUGAAGCCAACUGGAUGAUGUGCCAAACAGACUGAGAACCAACCAGAGCUCUCCAUGCUCAGCCAAUGGCAGCUGCUGAUACUGAAACCUGAGCCAACAGGAGCUCUCACUGUUGUGAGGUGGACAAAAAACUGUGAACAAAAACCUUACUUUUAAUAAAUAUACUGCACUGAUGAUGGAAAGAAAGACAUGAAGAAUGGAAACGAGGACGAUGAAGAGAACGUUUGCAUGUCACUUUGAGUUUUUUCUUUCAGAUGAACUUGUCAGCCUGAAGCUAUGUGCCUGGCUGUAGUUUAGUGUUUAAUAAUGAUAGUAAUAUGAAUAAUAUUAACAGUAUUAAUUGCAGUAUAAAUGUGGUUCUUGUUAUGUAUAGUGUAUGCUUUUAAUAAUUCACCUCCGCUAUUUUCUUUCACCAGGAUGCUGUUAUUUGUGCUGCUAGUUAGAAGCUUGUUGGUUAGCUAAAAAGCUUCUCCCACAACAUGAUAAAUGCCCAAGAUGUUAAGGUAAAGUGAAGCUGCUUUCAUUUUCCUUGUUGACUCAUAUCAUUUUUUGCAAUGACCACCUAUGGUAAUUACCAUGACAUUUUCCUGGUGUUAUAAUCAAGUAAUCAAUCACUCAAUCAGUCAAGUUAUGAUGGCUCCCAAACAUGUCAACCAGUAAGAGAAAUGUGAAAAUUAUUUCUGUUCACUUCACCUCUUGUAUAACUAAUUUGUAUUAAACUCAUCAAUUUUGACCAAAUCUUGUAAGUUGCUUUUCAACAGAUACAACUGAGUAUUGGAUUUGGCACGUUACCAUUUUCAGUAUCUAUUAGACAUGUAUGCCCUCAAAGGUUUGUUCAUAAAAAAACACACAGAGGGACUGUACUUUUUGUUCUAGGUGAAGUUUGAUGUUUUGAAAGCAUUUUGAUAUUACCCCACUUGUUGAAAGCUAAUCCUAUUCCUGGCCAAUAGGUGGCACUAUGUAUCUGCUGUCUACUUGAAAAGAGAACACAACAGAUUGUUCAUGCAUUUCAAGGUGUGAAAUGCAUGAACACAGUAAAGUAAUAUGAAAUGUUA